UGACAAGUAUUAUGCACUCACGCUGUUUCUUAUCAAACUUUGAGUGCAGAGUAUAUCUAAAUGUGUGGUUGUGUAACGCACUAUGAAAGAAAUGAUGGUAGCAGAAGUAAUGUCAUCUGGCAGUGGGAGGUCGUGGCCGAAAGCAACGGAUCGGAUGAGGGCAAGGCAGCGCGGCGCGGCACGCAGUGUGCGUGGCGCGGUGGCUGUGUGAAGGUGUGUGCUAGUUGUGCUCCAGCGAGGCCCAGUCACUGAGAUUGAGGAAGAGUUCUUGACUGAGUGAGGCGUGCAGACAGAGUAAAGGACAAGAACGAGAAGAACCAAACUUAGCCCAGUACAUCUUCAAGUGCCGGACAUUUCUGCCUUCAGCUAAUACCGCCUUACCAAACAACGUCCAUCCGGCCCUUCCUUGCAGCGCCCCUGCCUCCGUGCCGCCCUUCCUUCCAGCGCCCCUGCCCCGCGCCGCCCUUCCUGCAGGUGUUGCUCCCAGCCGCCCCGCCAGCCUUCGAGAUGACUAUCAUGAGGGAAGAGGACCUCGAAAUUGCCAUCAAGGUGGUGAUAGUGGGGAACGGCGCCGUGGGCAAAUCGUCCAUGAUACAGCGGUACUGCAAGGGAACCUUCACUAAAGAAUACAAGAAGACCAUCGGCGUGGACUUCCUGGAGCGGCAGAUCACGACGGGCGGCGAGGAGGUGCGUCUCAUGCUUUGGGACACUGCCGGCCAGGAGGAGUUCGAUGCCAUCACCAAGGCUUACUACCGCGGCGCCCAGGCAUGUGUGGUCGCCUUCUCCACCACCGACCGCGACUCCUUCUCCGCCGUCAGGAAGUGGAAGAAGAAGGUGGAGGACGAGUGCGGCAGCAUACCCAUGGUGCUGGUGCAGAACAAGAUCGACCUUAUCGACCAAGCCACUGUCAAACCAGAUGAAGUGGAGUCCCUGGCACGAGAGAUGAGGAUGCGCCUGUACCGUACGUCAGUCAAGGAGGACCUCAACGUGGAGCAGGUCUUCAACUUCCUGGUGGAGCGAUAUCUGGCCAUCAUCAGUCACCCCGACGACGUAUACAGCCCCAAGACCGUCGGCGAGAACAUCUUCGGGAACCCUGCCAAGUUGAAGAAGGGAGACACAAUUACUCUCAGCGGAAAGAAGAAGUCCAGUAAGAAACAGUUAAUUAAAAAUGCCUGUAAAGUGAUAUAGAGUCUUAAAUAUUAGAUGGAGUCACCCUAUAUUGGUAAGGUAUACACUGUUCUGACAGCCAUGUGGAGCCAUUAUGACUCAAUAGGCUGUUAUUUAAGGGCACACUGGGAGCUGGGCAAGGCCGGGCUCCCUGCUUUGUUCCACUCGCUGACUGAGGCUGGGCAUGGGUUCAUCUUAUAUGCACUUUAUAUUAAGAUGUGAAUGAUGUAUGUGUGCAUAUACGUGUGAGUGUAUGUGGCAAACGCAUGUGGCAAAGUCUCUGCAGAGUGAUAUAUUGAAUGCACAACAUAGUCUUGCUUCCAUAGUGAGGCGAUGUUUUAUAUUGAUGACAUGAAACUUCCCUGUACAACAUGCUGCUCUUCUGUACACUGAGCAGCAGCCUCAUGGGAUGUGUGAGCACUGUCUUGGGUCCAUUACUGGGGAGUAGAGAGUCACGCAGUGUAAUGUAUGUGAGGGACUCAUUCUUCAUCACGCUGCCAUAUUUAUCUCAUGAUUCUUUGGUAUAUUAUUGCUUUGUUGAGAAAAUAUCCAGCCUUGGAACUGAGCUAAACUAAAAAUGUGAAUUACUGCUGCUGAACUAUAAUUUUACCCUAAUAUGUAUUCAGGGUUUGCACAUAGAAUAAUUGCUUCAAUAAUAUCAAGCCAAUGAUUUUCUAAUAAUGUGUACAUAUUUACUCGUAUGUUUAGAGUGUUCCUUCACAAUAUGUGUAGGAAAAUCAUAUGUAAGUAUAUUUGUAACACACAUGUAUGCAUUAUAUUGUGGGAUGUGUUGUGAAUCAAUGGUGAAGGCAGCACUUACUUCUGUUACGUGUUCAUCCAGGGAAUGACUAUCAUGUAAAUUGUUUCCUUUAAGUUGUGAUGGUGAGUUUCAGCAGGUGAAGAACUGUCAGCUGGAAGCUCCUCCAUUCCAUGUGCCACAAAUAUAUGAUUUGUAUCCAUUAAGAUCCUGAUCAGUUUCACUGUGGAAUCCUGGGUGCAGCAGCAGCCAUUGGGUGCUGGUGACUUGCUGCCAGAAAUGGAACAGGAAAGUUUGAGGAUGUAAAGAAGAUGCAGAGUAAUGUUUUGUAUGAUUAUGACCUUUAAGGAGCUCACAUUAGCCUGUGAUUUAAUGUUUGAGUCACAAUUAUUACUAUUUCAGAAUUAUCAGGAAUUUACUGUUAUCUUACAUCUGUUAAGAAACAGUCACUGGUAAUGAGAAUAUUCAAUGCUUUUACUAAAACUUCAAAAAGUAUCUUAAUUUUCCUUAUGUGGAACCCACCACUAUCAUGUAUAUUAGUGAUAUUUUGUGAGCUCACAGCUAUCCUGUAAAUAAGUCAAAAUAGUUAGUCAUUAACUCAUAAGCAACUUCAGCUUAAGGUUUUACUAAUGUCCUUGUAAUUAAAUGAAUUGUCAGUAGUAUGUAUAAAUUAGUGGAAGCUGUCUGAAAAUGCUUGUGCCUUCCCUUGCUGUGGCAGUUUUUGUAAUCACAAAUUCAGUCAUAUAGACUGAAGUAGUUUAGUGUUUAUGGAAGAUUUAUGGACUAAUGAACUGUGGCUCUGAGCAUGUCGGAGUUGUUGGAUCACAUCACAGACGCAACACACUGUCCACUCAGAACUGUCCAUUAUUGCCCAUUGAGGAUCAUAACUCUCCAAGUGUUGAUUCAAGGCUCAGGUACACGAAUGAAGCAAGUAGAAACAUUUUCAUAUGGAGCUUGUUGUCUCAUGACCAUAGCUAUGUUUUCAUGCUUGUGGGAGUAUGUAAGUACUUUAGUUCCUUCACAUGGUCUAAGUAAAUAUUAAGCUUGCCAAGGAACUGGGAUGGAGAGCUACAUGGUUGGAAGUGACCACAUUACAGUUUUUGAUGUAGUUAUUUGAUAUUUAGAUUAAUUCCAUCCAUGCAUUUGCAUUCAUGUAAUGAUCACCAAACAAAAUUUAGUAAUAAGAAGUAAAAAAUGUUUCAGGCAUCACGUAUUCUGCUGUUCUCAAGUGUGUCCAUCACGCACUGUCAGAGAUAGCUUACAAAAAAUAUAUGUAUUUUUUGUAAGAGUUUGUUAUCUUGAAUUUCUAACAUAUGUAGUGCUGUGUCAGUGAAAUGCUAAUUUAUGAACAGCUGAUCCUCACUGCACAGGUCUGUUUGGUUCCUGCAUCAUCGCACACAACAGACUGGUGCACAGCAAAAUCCAUCUUGACUUUUAAUUUGCAGUGGGAUUAUCUUCCAAGAAAUACAUUGUAAAUCAAAAUAAUGUUAGUUGAAUCAUUAUAGCUCAGGUAAAGACAGUUUGUGCAAUCUCAAAUUCAUGUAAUGUUGGACAGACCUCUGGAUCUUGUUCCAUUCAUUAACUUUCAAAUUUUGAGUUUGGUGAAGUCAUUUUCAUGGAAGCUCAGCUGAAUAUAUGCAGUGGCUGUUUUGAGUCCACUUGAUUCAAUUCAAAAGUUAAUGUUUACAAAAUUUUAACCUAGUUCCUGGAUAUUUAUUUUCAAUAUAUCAUAAGUAAGCACUUUUCAUGGAUCAGCUGGGUGAUGUGUGGUUAUUCUGCACGAUGAGGUGAUACCCAUAUUUUUUCCACAAACAUAUCUAAAAGCCUUAUUGUUAAUGUAUGCAUGCAGUUUUCACCAUGUAUAUAUUACCUAGAUCCUUGACAGAGAUCUCUCUGUUAUAAUACAAGGAGAUGGAUGGGAGAAAUGAAGGUGUCUCUUACUUGAGACAGCAACCUGCACUGGAUUCAUGGGACCAACAGAGAGUGACAUCUGGGCAGCUGCAGGAAAAUCUAUGAUGUUUUAUAUCCUUUGUCAAUAGGAAAAGACCAUGACACAAGCCACUCACCAGAAGUAUUAUGAAUGAAAAAUGAUAAGGAACUUUCCUCCUCAGUAAAGUUGUUUGCAUGCCUUUUAUGAUUAGACUUAGGCAACAUUUUGCACAAGGAAAAAUGCUUCUGAAAAAAUAUAUUUGUUUUAGUGGCUUUAACAUCUAGAAGCAAACAAUAGCUACAGGUGUCUUUCAACUAGUAUUUUUGUGAGCAACUGUCCAAAACUCAUGUAAAAUAGUAGACACAGGACUAUUAGAAAGCUUGCAUAGGUCCAGGUAUCCAAAUCUGAGAAGUGCUAGUCCUCCCAUGAAGAACACAGCCUUACUUAGAUUGAGUAAUUAAAGAGUGUACAUCUUGUUGUCCAUGGGAAGGUGUUGCAUGGCUGCACUGUGAACAUACUGACUUUUUAACAUAUGAGUACAAUGCUAGACUUUUUGUAGAUCUAUUUGUUGUACAAGUUAUAUAUAUAAAAUAAUUGCUAAUAUUUUUACCAGGUCAUGCUGUACUGUACAUAGGCUGUGUUAGUAAUAUCAUCAUGCACCAAGUACUACAAGCCACACAGUGAAGUCUGUCAACACAAAUACAAUACAACAUGUACCUGUAAAUAGGACCAAGAUGACACACACUAUAUGUAACAUCUGUUCAAAAAGCUUUCGUGUAGUUUGAAAUGACCUAUGUGAGUAUGAAUCAAGCAAGUAUUCAGGCUUUGUUAUACCUUUAUAUUCCUUAAUAUUCAUGCACUUAGAAUUUAUAAAGAAUUAUGUAGACUAUUAAAUUUGAAUUAUAUGGAGAUGAAUAUCUGAGGAUGGAAAAUGCUCACAGCCAUGGUACAGUACUUUUCUGCUGUAAUCUUUGUUGUAAAUCUUUCUCUGUUAAUGUUUCCAAUGUCCUAUCUCUCUCUUGGUCUUCUCUCAAAGGAUAGUCAAGGCAGAAGAGUCCGCCUUUUCAUGAGUUGGCAUUCCCUCAUUGCAUGUUCUGUUUUGAGUCUCACCUGUCAUCUCUUUCCCUCCAGUACUCAUCCACUCUAUUUGCCAGUUUAACUGGUGGGUGGCCUUCCUCUCACAUUUUACCCCCUCACUUCCACUCAUGCACUCUCCUCACAAUCUCAUUCAUUCUUACCACAUCUUACCCAUCCAUCCACUCUACAAUCUAUUCCUUCUACUGUUUGACUCAUGCCAAGGUUCUGACAUGAAUCCACAUUGCUGUCUCUGUUUCACCUCAGCACCCCUCAUGCUCCUCCCAUAUAACCUUACUCCAUGUAUUCCAUAUAUGCAGGUUUUGUGCUGCAUUCCAUGUCCACAUCUCUGAUGCUUAUGUCAGAUCUGGAAGGAUUAUAUUGUUUCUUAUACCCAUCUUAUUUUACAUGCAUUCCUACUAAUUCAAGUGUAAAAACUAAGAGGGGUAUCAUACCUGAAUGGUUGUUCUUGAAAUAAGUAUGAGUGUGAGCCACAAUCAUGACUGGAAACACAAUUUUGUAGGUGAACUAUAGUAAGUUGUAAGCUGAUAUGCAUGCACUGACAAACACACUACAAUAUUUUUAAGCAACUGCAACAUGAGAUUGUUGUAUUUGCACAUGACAAAUAGAUUGCAUCUCAUCACAUGUAGAAAGAAAUACCCAGCUAUUCAAUUAUUUAACUCAUAACUAUGAAUGCUGCACAGUUGGUGCAUAACCCUUGCAGUGCCUGUGGCUGAUGCAUCCCUGACUGAGGGUAUCUUCAGCUCAUCUUCAUGCUGCUUGUGGAAGGUGGUCAGGGAAACUGUGUGUAUGGAGAUUUGUGAUUUUUGUUCUACUCUAAAAGCUUUUCUCAGUGAGUGAUUGAGGCACCCAAUAGGUUGUAUUAUGAUAUGUAGAUUUUUCUCAUGAUAUGUAAUGCUGCAAGUAGUCAUCAGACCAGUGAGAGAAUAAGUUGCUACAGUGAACAAAGCAAUGAAUACUACUGAUGGAAAUCUUAGAAUUGAUAAAGUGUAGUAGUGUGCCAUACUUUUAUAGAAAUUCUGAUAUUUUCUUUGAUCAAAGGCCAAUCAUAUUCCAUAGGGAAAGGAAUGAAGCUAUAUUCCAAGUCUAUAAUUCUGAGAUUUUGUUUUUGUCUUGAAAAUACCUAUGAAGUAAAACAAUGUAGAGGAGGUUGAUACAUUUGUACCCCUCAUUCUUCUGAUGCUCUUUACAACAAUGAACAAGUGUUGUGGGCUCUCUUGGGGUAGUCACAUAGUGCUUUCCUCAGUCUUGUUCAGAGUUUGUCAAGGAAAGCUGAAAACUGCAUUGGGACAUUUGCAUCCAUGGAUGGUUGGUGCUUGGCUGGAGAACCUCUUCAUGGUGGAAGUUCAUAAGUGACACCAACUUUGUGAUGUAUUCUAUAGGAUAGCAUUUCUACAGUGCCCUGUGGAAGACAAACUGAUAUGUAUUCCUGCCUAUAUAACUGUACAUAUUGUAUUUUCUGUAUAUUAUUCAUUACUAUCACUAUAUUAAUGUUUCAAUAAAAUGUGUGUAAAGCUA